AUGAAAAGAGUCCAAGCUAAUCUAGACGAAAAAACUCAUGCAUUAAAGACUUUCUUAGAGAGAUUAGAACAACAACAGAACGAUCAACAAAUGGAAAUUCAAGCAAACACUGAGACUAUUUCUCAAUUGCAAACAGCAUUGAUAAGCGAUUUAAGAACUGAACAAUCGAAUACCAAGAAAGAUCGUGAAAAAUAUGCCAACGAUUUGAAAAAACUUGAAGAACGUCUGAAUGAUGCUGCGAAACCAUCCGAUCUGACGUUGAAAGAUGCCAUUAACAAACUGAAAAUCGAAUAUAAAACAAUUAAAGAUCAUCAAGCCAUAUCAAAAAUGACACUUGAUGAGCAAGGGAGUGCAAUAAAAAUCAUGCGAAAACAAAUUGAAGAAGCAGAGCAUCCGAAGCAAUCGGAUCUUAACAAACUUCAGAAGGAUCUGGAGAACCUGAAUGAUGAACAAAGAAGAGUGAAGAAAGCCUUUGAACAUUUAGAAGGAUUACUUACCACACGGUUAACAGCUCUUCUUCCUGUAGCUAGUACAGGUAUAGAGCGAAGAAUGGAGGUGGUGGAACAGAAAAAUUCUAUUGAAGCAAAACUAGAAGAUGUUAAAAGUAGACUAGCUCAUCUACAACAAACAUUUGACUCAUCCUCCAACUUAGCCCGAGUUUCUGAGCAACAGAGGAGCAUUCAACAUGAAAUGGAACUCCUGCGGGGUCAGCUGUUGCAUACAUCUGAUCCAAACACUGAAGUCAAUGAACUACAAACAGGUCUAAACAAUCUUAGAAGAGAUUACCAGAUUACCAAGAGAGGACUUCAGGAGGCACUUGGCGAGCUGAAGUCGUUGAAGACGCUGUUAGACUCGCCACCGCCGACAUCAGUGAUCACACCGGUUAAUACCAAUGCUUUGACAGCAGUAGAUAAGAAUGAACUUCUUCAGAAAAUAAACGAAAGUGAUCAAAAGCAUGAAAACCUAAUUGGAAAAUUGCACACAAAGCAAACAAGUGACUAUGAGAGUAUGGAGAACAAUCUAAAAGAUACUAAAAAGAAAAUCGUACCACGCGAUGAUAUUGAAAAGCUGAUUGAUAAUAAGUAUGCUGAUGAACGUGCAAAGAAACAACAAGCAGUAGAACAUUUUUUAGAUCAAAUCAACGAACUUAAAAAGAAACUAUCUUUCUUGGAGGCUCAAGUAAAAAAACCAAAACCAGUCCAUACACUUCCAUUCAUUGAAUUGUUACCACCGUUAGAUCUGGUUAAUGAUACGUGGAAUCAAACUACUUCUAACUGA